AUGGGAAUAAACUUGGGAGAGCAGAAUAUUGCAGAUCAGUACCAAAACCCCAAGAAACAGCUAAGAAGUCAUAUACCACAGAGACCAUAUGAACGAAAAGAAGGUACUUCAUGUGGAGCAAUCUUCAGUCCUAUUCCAGACAAACACUUGAAGGAGAAAAUGCCUACUGGACUUAAACUAUUUAAGAGCAGUACAUAUGGGGAAGACAUGGUUCAUUCAUUUCUCAAUAAGCCUAUUGGACCUCAAAGAGAGCAGAAAUCUUAUAACUGUCAGGAAUAUUCAAAGAAUUCACAUGACCACAAGCAAAAUGGAAAAACCAUCAUUAGCCAUGAAACUGAGGGAAGUGUCAAGAUAUCACAUUGUGGAAUUGGAUCCUACAGAUGCAAGAUAUGUUGGAAAACUUUUGAUUAUCACAAUUUAUUUCUAUUACAUGAAAACACACACACUGAAGAGAAGCCACGUGAAUGUCCUGAGAAUGCGAAAGGUUUUCGUCUUAACAGAUGUGUUCAUAUCCACAAAAAAACUCACAUAGGAGAGAAACCCUACAAGUGUAAGAUAUGUGAGAAAGCCUUUGCUUAUUCCAGUUAUUUACAAAACCAUGAAAGAACUCACACAGGAGAGAAACCCUAUGAGUGUACAGUAUGUGGGAAAACCUUCUCUUAUUUGCAUCAUGUUCGAAGGCAUGAAAGGUCUCACACAGGAGAGAAACCCUAUGAAUGUACAGUAUGUGGGAAAGCCUUCUCUUGUUCCUGUAAUGUGCAAGAUCAUGAAAGGACUCAUACUGGAGAGAAACCAUGUGAAUGCCCCCAUUGUGGGAAAUUCUUCAGUUCUCCAACAUAUGUUCAUGUCCAUGAAAGAAUUCACCCAGAACAGAAACCCUUUGAGUAUAAAGUAUGUGCGAGAGCUUUCUCUCACUCCUCUUCGAAUACAUGAAAAGAUUCACACUGGAGAGAAAGUGAAAUCCUUUGAGUAUAAAGUAUGUGGGAGAACCUUCUCUCACUCCUCUUCAAAUGCAUGAAAAGAUUCACACUGGAGAGAAACCUCGUGAAUGUCCCCAGUGUGGGAAAGGUUUUUGUGAUUCUCGACAAGCUUAUAUCCGCAUACGAAUUCACACAGGAGAGAAACUCUAUGAGUGUAAGAUUUGUGGGAAAGCCUUUGCUUAUUCCAGUUCAUUUUGAAAGCAUGAAAGAAUUCACAAAGGAGUGAAACCCUUUGAUUGUAAGGUAUGUGGGAAAGCCUUUUAUCUGUCCUGUUGUCUUCAAGAACAUGAAAGUACUCACAGUGGUUAGAAACCUUAUGAACGUAAGCAAUAUGGAAAAGCCUAUAAAUCUUGCAAGUCUGUUCAAAGACAUAAAAUUACUCAAACCCUACGUGUGUAAAGUAUAUGGAAAAGCCUUUAGUUUUCUCAGUUCUCUUCCAAAACAUGAAAGAAUUUACCCUGGAUAGAAACCUUAAGAUUGUCCUCAAUGUAGAAAAACCUUUUUCCCAUUCUUCUGUUUGACAGCAUGAAUGGACUCACUAGAAAAUAAACUUCAAUGCAUUCUAUGUGGAAAAACCUUAUUAUGUUCAUGUUCUAUUCAAGAGCAUGAACAGGAAUCACACUGAAGAGUAGCCCUAUGAAUGUAAGAGAUGUGGUAGGUAAGGCUUGAGUUCUUGUUCUGUUCAAGGACAUGAAGUCACAUUGGAGAGGAACCCUGUAUGUGUACAGUAUGUUGGAAGCCUCUUUCUGAAAUAUUCAAGAGCAUAAAAGAUGUCAUCAUGGCAAGCAACCCUAUAUGUGUAUGAGAUGUGGGAAUGCCCUUUGUCCUCCCAGUUCUAUUCAAAACCAUGAAAGAACACACACUGCAUAGAAAUCUGAUAAGCGUCUUCAAUAUGAUAGAACCUUCUAUAGGGAAAAUGGAGUUAGAAUGAUUUUGUCAAAAAAUUUUUAAAGAAUGAUUUGGUCAGUCUCCUUCACUCCCUUUCUCAUGUCUUCUGGCCAUAGAAUAAACUUUAUUCUUUGGAGUGUGCUUGCAUGCUUUUUAUGUAAUGAUUUUGCUGUUUUAUGCCAUUUCAUGUAAUGCAUAUGUCAGUGAGCCACUUUCAUUUUUGUCAAGGAGACAUUAUUGUUUGCUGCCCCUCUGAGUGAAAGGAAGCAGCACCUAGAUUAGCUGACUAGCUGGCUCAAGGUGACUCAGGUAGGUUCAGCCAGGCCCAGCCUACUGCAGUACUUGGUCCUGGGGGAGGAAGAUUCAGUGGGUGCCGAAUGCAUUGCAAGUUCUUAGGGAGAAUUGUGCUUUGUUACUGCUACUAGAAUCUGUGAGAGCUCAUAAUGAACUCAUCCUAAUAAACAACAUGACAGC